CGUUUACCCCCUCUCUACCUACCAACUUCAAGAUUGGCAAAACAGAAGAAAAGUAUUUUCUGUUUACGAUUUUAGAACGUUUUAAUAAUAAACUCUUUUUAUAAUAAAAAUGGACAAAAAUAAAUUUAGGAACAUGGAAGACGAAAUGAGCAGGUUUGAGGCUGAAAUAUCAGGCCAAUCUUUAAUGAAUGGCUAUGGACCCACAUAUAUACCUGGUUUUGGAACAAUUCCUCCGCCACCGACCCCUCCGAUGUUAAUUCCUCACCAAGUAAGUAAAGGGGCCAAAAGGUAUGACCACCACACAUAUUCUUCAAAUCCAAUUAUCGCUCAGCCAGCAGUUGUAUCUGCAAAACCAACUUUAUAUGCUCCUCCUAAACUUACAGCAACAAGCACCGUUCAACCCGCUCCAACACAACAACCUAUGGAUUUUAUGGCACUUCAAAGUGAAGUUGAAAAAAAACUUAAGAAACUGAAAAAUGAAAAAGUCAGUGCCGAAUUAGCUAUUUCUCAAGGAAAGGCUAGUAGUGCUUUACAGUCAUUUGGCCCUGAAGAUUACAAAAGGAAAAGUAGCAAAAACAGAAAAUUAAUGAGAACUGCAGGAGGUCAAACUUGGGAAGAUUCUUCUUUAUCAGAUUGGCCUGAUGACGAUUUUAGAAUAUUUUGUGGAGAUUUAGGAAACGAUGUUACAGAUGAAUUAUUAACAAGAACAUUCAACAAAUUUCCCUCAUUCCUAAGGGCUAAAGUUAUAAGAGAUAAAAGAACUAAUAAAAGUAAAGGCUAUGGUUUUGUUAGUUUCAAAGACCCUGCCGAUUUUACUAAAGCCAUGAAAGAAAUGAAUGGUAAGGUAGAAAAUGUUCGAAUGUUAGAUAGAUAUUCAAAAAUACCUUCACAGGGAACAUUGUAUUUAACAGCGACCCACUUAAUUUUUAAUGAACCUGAAGUAAAAAAGGAAACAUGGAUUCCUCAUAUGCACAUUGCUAGUUUAGAUAAAUUACCGUUGUCAACCACUGGCUCACCAUUACUAAUCAGAACAAAAACUUUUUUGUCAGUAACAUUUGUGGUACCCAGAGAGAGGGAUUGCCAUGAUGUUUAUGUGAGCUUACAACAACUAUCACAGCCUUACAGUUAUGAGGAGCUAUAUUGUUUUUCCUAUACACCCCCUGCUGAAGAAAUCCAGAAAUAUGUGGGAUGGAAUUUCUAUGAUUUACAGUCAGAAUACCAACGGAUGGGGGUACCAAAUGACCAGUGGGCAAUGACAAAAUUAAAUAGAAACUAUGAAUUAUGUGAUACAUAUCCACAAGUUCUGUACAUCCCAGGUAAGGCAAGCAACAGUAUCUUGACUGGCAGCUCAAGAUUUCGCUCAAAAGGCAGACUGCCUGUGCUAUCUUAUCUGUACAAAAACAAAGCAAGCAUCAGCAGGUGUAGUCAGCCGCUGUCAGGGUUCAGUGCAAGAUGUCUUGAAGAUGAAAAGAUGUUGAAUCAAGUGUUGAAAACAAAUCCUAAUGCGACGUACAUGUGUGUUGUAGAUACAAGACCAAAAAUAAACGCUAUGGCUAAUAGAGCUGCAGGAAAAGGUUAUGAAAAUGAGGCUUUCUAUGAAAAUAUAAAAUUUCAUUUUCUUGGCAUUGAAAAUAUACAUGUGAUGAGAAAUAGUCUUUCAAAAGUAGUGGAAACAUGCGAACAAAGGAAUCCAACGAUGGCCAGUUUCUUAGGCGGCUUAGAAUCUAGCGGUUGGCUCAGACAUAUAAAAUCAAUAUUAGACACGUCUCUGUUUAUAUCCGAGUCUUUACUCGAAGGUAUAAGUGUACUAGUUCAUUGCUCAGACGGUUGGGACAGAACUGCUCAGGUCUGCUCAUUGGCAUCUAUUUUGUUGGAUCCGUUUUAUAGAACACUAUCUGGAUAUCAGACUCUCAUUGAAAAGGAUUGGUUAGCUUUUGGGCAUAAAUUUUCUGAACGAUGUGGGCAUAUACAAACGGAAAAUAAAGAAAUGUCUCCUAUAUUCACACAGCUAUUGGACGCUACAUGGCAGCUAAUGCAGCAGUUUCCAAUGUCGUUUCAAUUCAAUGAAACGUUUUUAUUUACUUUGCACGAUCACGUGCAUUCCUGCCAGUUUGGGACAUUUGUUGGUAAUUGCGAGAAGGACAGAGUCGAGAUGAGAUUAUCAGAACGAACUUACUCUUUGUGGGGAUACAUGGCCAAUCAUCUAAAUGAAUAUCUAAACCCCUUGUACAGCACAGAAGAGAGCCCUGAGGUGCUUAUACCCAAUUUGAUACCCCAAAAUAUCAAAUUUUGGAGAAGCAUGUACUGCAGAUUUGAAAGCGGAAUUCACCCAAGAGAACCUCAAGCUGACUUACUGCUAGUCACUUCCGAUUACGUAUUUUCUUUAGAUGAACAUGUCAAAUAUUUAACAAAGAGAUUGUCCUCUGUGAAAUCUCUUAUAACGAGAACGGUAGAUAAAAAGAAGAACAAACCAAAGCGAGAUCAAUUGUGCAACAACGUUUAUUUGGACAACAAAAUGGAAUACGAGAAAAAGGCUUCCAAGGAAAUGCAGAGCGCCGAUCAAGAUCAUCCUCUAAAGAAUCAAAAUAAAUCCGACGAUUUGCUAGACAUGGAUCUCCUUGUUAAAGAAAUCGAUUCUGUUGCUGUCGAUUGGAAGCUGCUGAGGACUGCUACUGAAUGCAGUUGUUCUUUGUCUUUGGAUCAAUUGAGUAAAAAGAUGCAUUGCAGAAAAUGUGGAGAAAUAUUCUGCCAGCGUUGCAUAACGAAAAAGAUUGUUCUUCCUGGACACAAUUCUCAGAUACCUGUACCUGUGUGUAAGCCCUGCUUUGAUACCGUUGCCACAUCUGCACAGACUUAACAAAUAUACUACUAGUGACAAACUGGUUGAAAAACACAAUGUUGUGAUUAUUUCCAUGAGUUUGUAUUCAACUAUUUUUUUUAUUGAAUACUACAGUUUCCUUUCAAUGAAAGAAAUUCUUUUCAAUUGUAUGUUCAACUGAUACCAGAUUGUUUUAUACAGGGCCUGUAAAAGUAGUUAAUGAGUUCAAUAACUGCAAUUCUUGGACCCUAAUGGAAAGUAGCAUUACAGCGAUUCACUAACAGUUUUUCCAAAAUAAUUAAUGCAAUUUUCAAUUAAUUUUU